AUGCUCCACCAAUCGAACAUUGAGGACCUUGUAACGAAUGUUGAAGUUGCAGUAGCAGUUGCUACCUCUGCUGGUGGCGCUGGUGCUGUUGCUGGAAUAGUGAUGAUUGGAACAAUGGGAGCUGAUAUAUUCUGUGUUAAGGGGCGCCCACAAAGGAUUCUUUUGGAUACAGAUGUGGAUACUGACGAUUUAUUUGCUCUUCUGUACCUUUUGAAGCUCAAUAGAUCCGAAUUUGAUUUGCAGGCAAUUACUAUAAACACAAAUGCAUGGACAGAUGCUGGACAUGCUGUAAAUCAAGUCUAUGAUGUUCUUCACAUGAUGGGACGUGACGACAUUGCUGUUGGAGUAGGAGGAGAGGGUGCAAUACUUGAAGAUGGUACCAUUAUGCAGAAUGUUGGUGGAUAUCUGCCUAUAAUUGAGCAGGGGAAUGAUACAGCAGGAUAUUGUAGGUACAGACAAGCCAUUCCAGUAGGUCCUGGAGGAAGAUUAGAUAUUGAUACAAACUAUGGAUUUCGAAAAAGCUUUCUUCCACAGGGCAGGAGGAAGUACUCACCUCUAAGGCAGCCCACUGCUCAGCAAGUAAUGAUAGACAAAAUUUCUGUUGGUCCAAUCACUGUACUUAUCAUUGGAGCACACACAAAUUUUGCAAUUUUUCUUAUGAAUAAUCCACAUUUGAAGAAAAAUAUUGAGCACAUUUAUGUCAUGGGUGGUGGUGUGAGAUCGAAAAACCCUACUGGUUGCUGCCCUGGGAAGGCCAACUCAGCAUGCCAAGUUCAGCAGUGUGGAAACCCCGGCAAUUUGUUCACUGCCUACACUUACAAUCCUUAUGCAGAAUUCAAUAUCUUUGGAGAUCCUUUUGCUGCAUAUCAGGUGAUUCAUUCUGGCAUCCCGGUUACGCUCAUACCAUUGGACGCCACAAACACCAUCCCAGUUACUAGUGAAUUUUUCAAUGCAUUCGAGAAGAAUCAGCAUACUUAUGAGGCACAAUACUGCUUCAUGUCCUUGAAAAUGACUCGUGAUACUUGGUUUGAUGAUCAAUUUUACACGAGUUAUUUUAUGUGGGAUUCAUUUACAACUGGCGUAGCUACUUCAAUCAUGCGUAAUGGAAAAAUCCAAAAUGGAGAAAACGAAUUUGCUGAGAUGGAGUACAUGAAUAUUACUGUCAUUACCUCAAAUAAGCCUUAUCAAAUAUCUGAUGGCUCAAAUCCAUUCUUUGAUGGGUUGAAAAUUCCUAAAUUCAACUUAAAGAGAAAUGGAGUUCACAGUGGCCAUGUUCAGACAGGAAUUCGAGAUCCAUUUUGCCUAGUAAAGAAUGGAAAGGGCAGAUGCAAGGAUGGCUAUACGACAGAAGUGGUGGGUCGAGAAGCAGUGCCUGUGCUUGUUGCUGUAAGAGCAAAGCCUAAUAAUGACAAUAGCAGCUCAUUAAAGAGAGAAUUUUUUAGAAGCUUUCUAGAUGUCAUAAACCGUCCUCAGCAAAGUGGGAGGUUCAAUUUUACUACACAAUUUCUUCAUUACAAAGCAAUUCUUUACAAACCAGAUUUCCAGGGAAAGCAACUCGGGAAGAAUAUUGUUUUUGACAUGGAUAUGAGUGCUGGAGACUUUUUAGCUCUCUUAUAUCUCCUGAAAUUACCUGUGGAAGUAAUUAAUCUCCAGGCAGUACUAGUAAGUCCAAAUGGAUGGGCAAAUGCGGCAACAAUAGAUGUCGUCUAUGAUUUGCUGCAUAUGAUGGGGCGCGAUGAUAUACCAGUUGGUCUAGGAGACAUGUUUGCACUCAACCAAUCUGAUCCACUUUCUUCUGGUGUUGGAGACUGCAAGUACAUUAAAGCUAUCCCUCAUGGUAGUGGUGGUUUUCUUGAUUCUGAUACUCUAUAUGGGCUGGCUCAUAAUUUGCCCCGAAGCCCUCGAAGGUAUACGGCAGAAAAAUCAGUGAAAUUUGGUGCUCCUAGAGACACAGAUCACCCUGAACUCAGACAACCACUGGCUAUGGAGAUAUGGGAAUCAGUAGUAAAAUCGCUUGAUCCAGGAUCUAAAGUAACCGUUUUAACCAAUGGUCCUUUAACUAAUAUAGCAAAGAUUCUUGAUGCAAACAAGAAUUUUAGCUCUCUAAUCCAGGAUAUACUUAUAGUCGGGGGCCAUAUCAACAAUGACAAAAGUGACAAAGGAAAUGUCAUUAACAUUCCUUCAAAUGAAUAUGCAGAACUCAACAUGUUUCUUGAUCCUUUGGCUGCAAAAAUGGUUUUUGAUUCGGGUCUUAACAUCACACUCAUCCCUCUUAGUAUCCAACAAAAAGUUAGCAGGUUUCAAAAAGUUCUUGAAAGGCUUGACUUGACAAAGACGACGCCUGAAGCAUUGUUUGCCAGGCGUUUGAUUUCAAGAUUGCAACGGUUGAAACAAACGCAUCCUAGAUAUCAACAUACGGACAAGUUCUUGGGUGAGAUCCUUGGUGCGGUAAUAAUGGCAGGUGACCAGUUCACUCUGAAGACAACAUAUGUAACUAGGCCUGUAAGUGUGUUGGCAACAGGUAUUGAAUCUGAAGAUGGGCAGAUAACUAUUGAUCAAGAUCAAGGAAAUUCAGUAAAAGUAUUGGAAAAUGUCGAUCAAGAUGCUUAUUACGAUAUUUUCGCGAAUCGACUCAGGGACGAAAAACAAUCUGCCAUUGUUGGAAGCUUUGAAGAACAAAGAAGAAUUUGGAAUACACCAAGAAGUUGA